AUGGCCGCUACCGCCGCAAAGUACAACCCGUUUGCCGGGUUUACUGAUAACGAAGACGAGGCCAUUGCUACGGGCAUUGGUGCCCGCAAGGUCGUUGCCGGUGACAUCCCGCCCAUCACCCAAAUUCCCGUGGUGGACCUGGCCGGCGCCUUUUCGGACGACAUUGCCGCUCGGCGCAAGGUUGCCGCAGAGGUUUACACGGCCUGCUCGCAAAUUGGCUUUUUCUACAUCAAGAACCACGGCGUCGACCUGGACCUCAUCGCCAAGUGUCAAAAGGCCGGCCUCUGCUUCUUCCAGGACCAGACACACGAGCAAAAGAUGGAACUCAGCAUGAGCCGCAACCCGACGGAGUACUUUGGCUACGCUCCCAAGGCCGGCACCAUGCCUGACGGGGCCAUCAAACGGCGCAUGUACGAGACCAUCCAUUGGGGUUACGAGGCCGAGCUGGACCCCGAGGCAACGGGGCCGUGGGACUCGAGCUACAACUUCUACCCACCCGACGACACCAUGCCCGGUUUCCGUGACCUGAUGCGCGAGUACUAUGGCGCCAUCAUGGUGCUUGCGCGGCGACUGCUCAAGAUCCUGGCCCUGGGUCUGCAGCUAGAUGAAGACUACUUUGAUCAGUUCACCAAACACCCCAACGUCAUGCUGGCGCUCAACUACUACGAAGCCGCCGCGCCGCAGAACCCGGAAGGCUCCGGCAUCUUUGCCCACAGCGACCUCGAGGUGUUUACGAUCCUGUGCCAGGACGAGGUCAAGUCGCUCGAGGUGCUGUCCAACACGGGCAAAUGGCUGCCCGCAAACCCAAUUCCGGGCCACUUUGUCGUGAACGUCGGCGACACGCUGAGCAUGUGGACCAACGGCCUGCUGCAGUCGACCAUCCACCGGGCGUACAACAUCGAGGGAAAGACACGGCUGUCGAUGCCGUUUUUCUUUGGGGCCGACAACGAGGCCGUCAUCGAGGCGUUUCCGUCGUGCGUCACUGCGGACAAUCCGGCACGCUUCAACCCCAUCCAGAUAGGCAGCUACCACAAAGAGCGAAUCCACCUGCAGUAUCCUGAGGGCAAGGCCGUGGCCCCAAAGGCGGUAGUGAUCAAGUCGGGGUAG